AUGAUGACGUUGUGCGUCGGCGAUUGGGUUGCGACGGUCGGCUCUAUGACUUACGGUUUCAUCGCUUCCCGGGCAUACUACGAGGAGCCUGAAGAAGGAACGGCCAUCGGAGGGAGGCAGGAACCGGAGAGGUGGCACGAUUACGGGAACAGGAUGCCUGCUGGAGCGGCUGGAGAGCCGGAGAGUUUCCACAUGGUGUAG